AGAGAGAGAGAGAGAGAGAGAGAGAGAGAGAGAGAGAGAGAGAGAGAGAGAGAGAGGGGGAUUUAUCCCAUUUAUCCCAUGGAGUGUGUUACAGCCGUAUUUUCUCAGUCUUCCUGUCCACGAUGCACUUUCGGAUUUUAAUAAAAUGCGUGCGUGUUUCCAGAUCGUCGCAUUCCUGCUCUCAGUAAACUUUUGCUGGCAGCCGCUCCGAGCUCAGGAUCCAUCCUGUUGCAACCAUGCUGCUGAGUUCUCAUCAUGUAAAGAAGCUUGUGACCAGCUCACAAGUAUAAAGAGUGAAUCUCGGCUGAAGCAUCUUCUGCAGAGGUUGCCCAGCUAUUGUCCAGAGUCCAUGAAUGAACUGUGGAUGUGCAUCAACUCUACACUUCCAGGUGUAUCCAAGAAAACAGAAGGUUGGGUGGGGCUGGGCUGCUGUGAGCUUGCUAUCUCACCUGAAUGUCGUAGGGAAUGCAAGCAGGCAUCAUCCAAAAAUGACAUAACUAAAAUAUGCAAAAAAGUUACAGAGAAACCCCUCUACAGCUGCAUCACCAAAAAUGAAAUGGGCUCAACAUGCUGCAGUUAUGCUGGACGUCACACCACCUGCAGGGAGUAUUGCCAGGCCAUCUUCAGGACCGACUCCACUCCCACAGUCUCCCAGAUCAACUCUGUUAAAGAUUACUGUCAGAGCCACAGCUCUCAGCUCCUCAGCUGUGUCAGCAACUUCACCAAGUCCUACCCCAUCCGCAGCCCCAUCGACAGUUUGUACUGCUGUGACCGGGCAGAGGAUACCCAUUGCCAGGUGGCUUGCCGGCGUAUUCUACGUACCAUGAGCACAGAACAUGAGAUUAUGGAGGGUUUGAUCAAUGAGUGUGGCUCCCAGCCUCUCCCUCAGGACCCCCUGUGGCAGUGCUUUCUGGGCAGUGCUCACCCUCCUGCUCAGACUGACGUGGAGGCCUCCCCUCCUGCAAAGAUGGACUGUGCUAAGUUACACUGCUGCUCCAAGGCCAACACCUCACUAUGCAGGGACAUGUGUCAGGAAAUAAGCACGAAUUGGGGAAGUCAGACAUGGCAGGAGUUUGACCAGCUCUGCGAGUACAACCCAGUGGAGACGGACCUCAUCAACUGCCUGGCUGAUGUCAGAGAACCCUGCCAGCUGGGCUGCAAAGAUCUCACAUACUGCACAAACUUCAACAACAGACCAACAGAGCUGUUCCGCAGCUGUAAUGUCCAGUCCGAUCAGGGUGCCAUGAAUGAUUUCAAGCUGUGGUCCAAUGGCUCAAUCAAGAUGCCGUUUAUGAACAUCCCUGUGCUGGACAUCAGGAAGUGCCUGCCUGACAUGUGGAAGGCAGUGGCCUGCUCCCUGCAGAUCAAACCCUGCCACAGCAAGUCCAGAGGCAGUGUCAUAUGCAGGUCAGACUGUGUUGAUAUCUUGACCCAAUGUGGGGACAGGAAACGCUUUCAUGAGGGACAAACACCAGAGAGAAUCUGUGACCUUCUUUCGCCAAUUGAUGACCCUGAACGGUGCAUACCUCUCCAAAGAUACCUUGCUCCAACAUCUUUUGGUGACAACAUUGUUGAGGAGGUCAUCCAUCCAUGUAAUCCCAAUCCUUGUCCCAGCAAUCAUUUAUGCCAGGUCAACAGAAAGGGUUGCCUUGAUGAGCUCACUUGCCAACCUUACAUGUGUGUGCCAGGCUGUAAACUUGGUGAGGCCUCAGAGUUCCUGGUCCAGCAAGAAGCUCGUAUCCAGGUACCAACUCGUAUGGAUCCAGCUGGGUGCUAUGAGGUCUGCAGCUGUGCUCCUAGUGGACGUCUGGAGAACUGUAUGAACAUGCCUUGUGUGGACAUCAAUAAACCCUGCAUUGUAGGAGGACAAACCAAGAACCACGGGACAUCUUUCAUGGUUGAGUGCCACCCAUGUUUCUGUUUUGCUGGUAAAACCAUCUGCUCCACCAGAGAGUGUCUAAGUGUUGGAAGCUCUGUCGAGGAACGCCAGCGCUUUACUGGUCUACCUUGUGGUUGUCCAGACCGUUUCGUCCCUGUGUGUGCUUCAAAUGGACGGACCUAUCCCAGUGCCUGUGUUGCUCGAUGUAAGGGAUUCUUAGACAAUCACUUUGUCUAUGGCCAGUGCAGACACAGUGAUCCAUGUGCCAGCAAACCCUGCCAGAGAAACCAAAGGUGUGUUCCAAAGUGGCGUGUGUGUCUAAGUGACUUGUCAGAGUGCCUGCAGUAUGAGUGUGUUGGCCGUCCAGCAGCCUGUGAUAGAAACAGCGUGGAGCCGGUGUGCGACACUGAUGGUCUGGUCCAUGCUAGUCUGUGCCAGCUGCAGCAAUCUGGGAAAACCUUGGCUUACAUGGGCCACUGCCAGGAUGUCUGCAAGAAACCAAAGCCUGUAUGUGGUCAUAAUGGUGAGACAUAUAAGACAGUGUGUGAUGCCUUCUCUGACCGAGUGGCUGUGGAUUAUGAGGGCCCCUGUCACACUGUUGGGACCAUUUCUGAUCUCACCUCAGACUCAGCCUGUGGUCUGAUUCGUUGCCCGCCAUUGUCCACUCCAGGCUGCAAGCCUGUCACUCCACCCGGUGCUUGCUGUCCAGUAUGUGCCAGUAUGCUACAGAUCCUCUGGAACACAGACCAGAUGAACACCUUUUCUAUGUUGAAUAAUAAGCAGCCGGUGACGGUUCAUGAUGUCCUACAAAUCCUGCGGCUUCACAUCUCAGUGCCACAAUGUGAUAUUUUUGGCUAUCUCAGCAUUGACCAUGAGCUGGUUGUCCUCAUUGCUCCAGUAGACCACAAGCCAACAUCACUGCAGGUUGAAGCCUGCAGUAAGGAGGCUGAGAAGAUUGAUUCCCUCAUCAAUUACGCCAGUCCAACACUGGUCGCACACGUUCCUCUCUCCGCCUUCCUCACAUCUGAGAUAAAGACCUCCUCCAUCCAGCUCUCUGGGGCUGCGCACCUCUCACCGCUCACUUUCUGCUUCCUCUUCAGCCUCCUUUUGGCUGCUCCUGCCCUCUGCCUGGACUAAGUGCUAAUUAUCCGCUAUCAGCUGCUCCCUCACAGACUUGUUCCAAAGUGUCUCCGCAGCCACCUUUUCCUGUGAUGAUGGGGGCAUCACAAAGAGAAGAAUGGCAUGUUUGAGCGGUGGUGGUCAUCAUCUGAACAGGAAGAAGCAGCAUCGAUGCUGCAUGACAAUCAUUCUUAAUGACUUGCCUGCGUUCCCAACAAUCACGGCGGUGGAUAAGCUAUUAUUAUGGACGCUUAAGUAUGAACAGUGUUAAUUACGGGGGCUUUCCUCCAUGGAAGUGUACGUGUGUGUGUGUGCGUGUGAGACCUUUAGCUUCACACCAUCAGUGUUUAUGCAUUAGUCCAAGCAGGAAGUGCUUCGCUGAAAGCUGUUAAGUGAGACUGUAAAUUACAUGACUCACUCUGCUUCAAUCUGUGUGUGUGUGUGUGUGUGUGUGUCAUUUUCAGAGUCACUCUAGGACAAAACAUCUCAGUCUGCUAAUACAUCUGGAGAAGAAAUUACUUAAAGCUUCCACAAUGGCACACAAAUUCCAGGGCCCUCAUUUAUCAGCCAUUUGUACAGACAUAUUUGUGCUUAAACUGUGCGUAUGAACACUUCUACCCAAAGAGUGCAAUUCACCAACUUGUACUUACACUUAGAAAUGUGUGUAAAUACACACAUCAUCUCAAGGUAGAAGAGGAAAAAUUGCAACAAGAAAGAAUCUCUGUCAUCACAGCAGGCAGCCUCAUCCACAUACAUUCUUUAUUGUCCUUGAUUUAAUAAAUAAUUAGUAAUUCUGUCUAAUUAGAACCAGACAUGUAGCCUCGAUGGUGUCAUUAUACACAAAAGAUACUUAUGUGAACUAAACAGCAGCUUUUGACCUCAUCAUUUACAUACAAAAUAAAUAACUACAGACCUUUUACCACCAACAAGCACCUCAGUUUCCACCUGCCGCAACUAUCAGUAGUUUACCUGGUGGAAUUUUAUCAUAAUAUUAAUCUUAGAGAUUCUUAUCUUCAUAAAGACAGGUUCACAGAAUGUCACAGGAGCACAUAGGAUUCUGGGACAACUGUAAUGACAAAUUAAUGUCUACUUAUUCUCUUAUUUGAAAACAUUAUGCUGCUUUUUUGUGUUUAAGUUUUAAAAGCUUCUUAAAGCUCAUAAAACAUAUGUCCAUAAAUGAUUUUGAUGUCUAAAUUAAGAAGCCUGUGACACCAUCAGUUAAUGGUUGUUACAAAUGAUUGGGUUCAAAACUACAAGUGUUGCCACUCAUUGCAUUUGUUUUUGUUUACUCAUUGCUGUCACCAUAUAUGCGAUGUCUGUUAGAAAACUAUCCGACCUUUUUAUUUUUUGCAAAAACUAUAUGGAUUUGAAUCAUGUGCACUUGCAUCAGCCAAGCUUGAACCUUCGUACGCA